GAAGAAGAGGAAGAAGACGGGAAAAAGGCGCGAGGGCGGAAGCGGACACUUGAUUUUUCCUCUGGUCUCUUCGGGGCCGCGGGACGGAGCUCGGGGCAUGUGGGACCCCCGCGCGUUCGAGCGGCGCUGGCGGGCCGAGUUCCCCGAGGCGGAGGCGCCGGUCCCGAGGCUGGAGUCGGUGCGGGACGCGGAGCGGGAGCUGGAGCGCUGCAGACUCAACCUGGAGCGGCUGCAACAGGUGCUGGCGCGGGAGCAGCUCAAAGCCUCCCUCCUGCAGGCCGCGCUGGCCGGGGGCGGCGGCGGAGACUCCGGGGACCCCGGGCACCCCGACCCCGAGGCUGAGUCUCCCCGCGGGGACCCCGGGCGCCCGGACCCCGAGGCUGAGUCUCCCCGCGGGGACCCCGGGCGCCCCGACCCCGAGGCUGAGUCUCCCCGCGGGGACCCCGGGCGCCCGGACCCCGAGGCUGAGUCUCCCCGCGGGGACCCCGGGCGCCCGGACCCCGAGGCUGAGUCUCCCCGCGGGGACCCCGGGCGCCCCGACCCCGAGGCUGAGUCUCCCCGCGGGGACCCCGGGCGCCCCGACCCCGAGGCUGAGUCUCCCCGCGGGGACCCCGGGCGCCCCGACCCCGAGGCUGAGUCUCCCCGCGGGGACCUGCCCGCCGGGCCCGGGGCGGCCGGAGAAGCGGGCGGGGGAAGGAGCUGGGCCGACGCCGUCCACCAGCAGCUCCUGCAGCCCCAGCUGCGGUUCCGGGCCCGGGAGGACGACGCGCCCCUCGGGGACCCCCACGCGGCUCCCGGCACGGACGAGGGGGGCGACGGCAGCGACCACGACUUCGAGAUGGUGGAUUUCAACGAGAAGGUCGUCCUCGGCCCCUGGCUGGUGGCCCCUUGCCGGUUCGGCACCCGCGAGGAGGUGGAGAGGCCGGGGCGGGCGUGCAGCCCCCAGCGCUGGAUGCACCUGAUCCCCGGGGGGCGGCGGCCGCAGCGGGGGACCCGCGACCUGGAGCAGCCGGAGGCCAAGGACCGCCCGGGCUCGCCCCUCGCCGCGGGGGAGACCCCCAGGCGCGAGCACCGGCCCCCGUGGAGGCGCCAGAGGUUCCUGCGGGUGCCCGAGCGGGACUCGCCCGGCCACAGCUCGCCGGAGAGAGACAGCGACGGCAGCCGGCACAGCUCCGACCGCGAGGACGGCUUCCCCGCAGACUUCAGCUACGGGACGGACGAGUACGACGGAGAGGGGAAUGAGGAGCAGAAGGGGCCCCCGGAGGGCUCAGAGACCAUGCCGUACAUCGAUGAGUCGCCCACCAUGUCCCCGCAGCUCAGCGCCCGCAGCCAGGGCGGGGGGGAUGGCGUCUCCCCGACUCCACCUGAGGGACUGGCUCCUGGGGUGGAAGCAGGGAAAGGCCUGGAGAUGAGGAAGCUGGUUCUCUCGGGGUUCUUGGCCAGCGAAGAGAUCUACAUUAAUCAGCUGGAAGCCCUGUUGCUGCCCAUGAAACCCCUAAAGGCCACCGCCACCACCUCCCAGCCCGUGCUCACCAUCCAGCAGAUCGAGACCAUCUUCUACAAGAUCCAGGACAUCUAUGAGAUCCACAAGGAGUUCUACGACAACCUGUGCCCCAAGGUGCAACAGUGGGACAGCCAGGUCACCAUGGGCCACCUCUUCCAGAAGCUGGCCAGCCAGCUCGGUGUGUACAAAGCAUUUGUGGAUAACUAUAAAGUUGCUCUGGAGACAGCUGAGAAGUGCAGCCAGUCCAACAACCAGUUCCAGAAGAUCUCAGAGGAACUCAAAGUGAAAGGUCCCAAGGACUCCAAGGACAGCCACACGUCCGUCACCAUGGAAGCUCUGCUCUACAAGCCCAUUGACCGGGUCACUCGGAGCACCCUAGUCCUACACGACCUGCUGAAGCACACACCUGUGGACCACCCCGACUACCCGCUGCUGCAGGAUGCCCUCCGCAUCUCCCAGAACUUCCUGUCCAGCAUCAACGAGGACAUCGACCCCCGCCGGACUGCAGUCACAACGCCCAAGGGGGAGACGCGACAGCUGGUGAAGGACGGCUUCCUGGUGGAAGUGUCGGAGAGCUCCCGGAAGCUGCGGCAUGUCUUCCUCUUUACCGAUGUCCUACUGUGUGCCAAGCUGAAGAAGACCUCUGCAGGGAAGCACCAGCAGUAUGACUGUAAGUGGUACAUCCCCCUGGCCGACCUGGUGUUUCCAUCCCCCGAGGAGUCUGAGGCCAGCCCCCAGGUGCACCCCUUCCCAGACCAUGAGCUAGAGGACAUGAAGAUGAAGAUCUCUGCCCUCAAGAGUGAAAUCCAGAAGGAGAAAGCCAACAAAGGUCAGAGCCGGGCCAUCGAGCGCUUGAAGAAGAAGAUGUUUGAGAAUGAGUUCCUGCUGCUGCUCAACUCCCCCACAAUCCCGUUCAGGAUCCACAAUCGGAAUGGAAAGAGUUACCUGUUCCUCCUGUCCUCGGACUACGAGAGGUCAGAGUGGAGAGAAGCAAUUCAGAAACUACAGAAGAAGGAUCUCCAGGCCUUUGUCCUGAGCUCAGUGGAGCUCCAGGUGCUCACAGGAUCCUGUUUCAAGCUUAGGACUGUACACAACAUUCCUGUCACCAGCAAUAAAGACGACGACGAGUCUCCAGGACUCUAUGGCUUCCUUCAUGUCAUCGUCCACUCUGCCAAGGGAUUUAAGCAAUCAGCCAACCUGUACUGUACCCUGGAGGUGGAUUCCUUUGGCUAUUUUGUCAGCAAAGCCAAAACCAGGGUGUUCCGGGACACAGCGGAGCCCAAGUGGGAUGAGGAGUUUGAGAUCGAGCUGGAGGGCUCCCAGUCCCUGAGGAUCCUGUGCUACGAGAAGUGCUAUGACAAGACCAAAGUCAACAAGGACAACAAUGAGAUCGUGGACAAGAUCAUGGGCAAAGGGCAGAUCCAGUCUAUGGGUGGUUGUUUCCCGGAACGCCGUGUUGAGAAGGAUUCAGAGGCUGCGUCGGUGAACGGGAGGGAGGAAUGCUGUGUGUGAGGAGCCAUGUCUGCCAUUGACGGGGGACCGGAGUGAGGCACACGGACCAGGUGUUUGCUGUUCUGCCCGAAAGACUUAGGGUCCUGCUGGUUGGCUUGGGGGGAGGGGGGUCUCUGACUUGUUGUUAGGGUGGCUGGACCUUACUCAGCUGCGUUGGGAGUCCGUGGCUUCGGGUGGGGACUCUGGGUGUUAGUAGAGGCUGCGCCUCGGAUUAAGGGUAUUUAUGCUGCUGGGCGCAGUGGCUCACGCCUGUAAUCCCAGCACCUUGGGAGGCCGAGGCGGGUGGAUCAUGAGGUCAGGAGUUCGAGACCAGCCUGGCCAACAUGGCAAAACCCCGUCUCUACUAAAAAUACAAAAAUUAGCCGGGCGUAGUGGUGCACACCUGUAAUCCCAGCUACUCAGGAGGCUGAGGCAGGAGAAUCGCUUGAACCCAGGAGGCGGAGGUUGCAGUGAGCUGAGAUCGUGCCUGGGUGAUGGAGUGAGACCCUGUCUCCAAAAAAAAAAAAAAAAAAAAAAAAGAGCAUUUGUGCCUCAACUGUGCUUUUGGCUCCCUAUAAACAUGUAGGAAAAGGGCCUUUGUGUGUGCAGCCUGUGUCUCUGAAACAUUCUGCCAAUUUUGAAGAUGGCUGCUAUUCACCAACCUGUUAAGAGAAGUAGGCUUGGGAGCGGGAAAAGGCGUGACGUGGUGGAGCCACUCAUACUCCGGUCUGGUACCUCGUGUGGCCUCGUGCUGUGCCGCAAGUGGUCUGGUUUGGGGUUAGAUUCUGUGACCAUUAAAUGAAGGGAGACGGCAACUGACCCGUACUGGGGUUGAGCCUCGGGCGUUGGGCGUGCUGAGCUUCUUGACAGUGGCCCCAGACGUGAUCCAGGCGCAGGCUGUGAUGGCUCCGUCUACAACAGGGAGCUGAAUGAUGCUUUUUAGCAGGAAGCAUUUGUUCUCUGAUGCAUUGUCAUGGCUACCGAGUUUGGUAUCUGGCUCUUACCUGCAGGUCCUUGCUAGCAUUGCCCCUGGGGAGCUGUGUGGGUCUUCCACUCCCUCACUCCCUGCCCCGUCUCAGACUCCAGUGUUUGAACCAGGGGCCCCACGUGGAGGGGCCUGGCCUCUGCCGCAUACGCCCUGUGCUCCUAAACACGUCUCUUUCCGAUGCUGUGGGGCCUGCACCCUGCUUCUCAGUACUCGUCGCUAGGGAGACAGGGCUGCUAGGCAACUGCCAGCCAGUCCUUCGUGAUUUAGGAAAUGGGCUCUAGAGAUUCAGUCCCUGGGACCUGCUCUCUGCGGGGAUAAGGGGUGGGAGCCCCAUCUCCCUGUUCCUGGGCUGGGCUAGUGGGACAGGCACGGAAGGGUUCUGGGCUGGCCUGUCCAGCCCCAGGAGAUGCCCAGGCAAGAGACGCAUGGCUGCCACACCACACUCCCUGGACCACCGGUGGCUGUGGAAUAGAAGAGUUACAAGGAUGUGCCGGGCAGCCAGCUCCGUGGGCACGGUGGGCCCCAGCCCCUCGAGAACUCAGCUCCCAGGGCCCGAGGGCACAUUCCCCCACCUGGACUUCAGUCCCAUUGCUUCCCUCCUUCUCACUCAGCUGCACAAGCCCCGGGGGAAACACACCAUCAGUCACUGCAAGCCUCUUGGAGACAGGAGCAGAUGGAGGCGGUGGGGGAGGGAGGAAGCUAGGUUAUGUUUGGCAAAGCAGAAGGCAGAGUCUGGUAAGGAAAAUGUUUCUGUGUUUAAGCUUCGAGGAAUGUUAAAUGCCUGGGAGUUGAUAUUAAAAGAAACACAAACCUUCCUGCUGCCAGCUGACCUGGGCCUGUGAGCGGGUAGUUCAGAGCCAGAGUCCCCUGGAGGCCUUUGAAGUCCUCCAGCACUCAGUGUGCUAAUGCCCGGCCCUGGCCCUCCGCUGCAGAACCAUCUCACCAGCCUGCCUUCGGCGGGGGAGGCAUCCCCCAGGGGCAGGCCGUGACUUAGAAAGUCUCGCCCCAUGACUGCCCUCAGAGCCACUGUGGAUGGCCAGGCUGGGUGAUGAGUCCAAACGGAGCUGUUCCCACGAACCCGGGCCCCACGGAGCCACGGAACGGUCUGUCCCCACAGCUUGUCCCUGCCUCCGCUCCGGCCACACAUCUAAGGAAAGGAACUGGCACUAGCCUCUGGAAUGUAGUUUUGCUGCCUGCCGGCAGGCGCUGAAAACAUAGUCGGAGGUGGCUUUGAGAUAGGCCCAGCCCUCGGGGAUAUUCAGGGGGCCUGAAGGAAAGGCAGGAGGAGGAGGGCAGCCUCUGGGGCCCCCACUUCUCUCUAAGCCGCCUCCCAGCAGCCCAUCCAGAGAAAGCAACGGGCCCUACAGCCUAAGCGCAGGCGUUUGCUGCUGCGAUGAGGCCCCCACUCUGGGUCGCCUGACGGGGCAGUGGGACAGGAGUCUGAGCGGCGGGCUGGGGUGGGGGCAGCAUUUAGUGACAGACGGCAGCAUGCGUCACCAAUGUGUGUCCAGCACUUGUGCUCCUGGAGGCCGCUUCCCAAAUGCCAUCUCCUCGUGUGAUCCUUGUCGUGAUCCUCCAGGGAGAAUGACAGUCCCUCCUCCCCAUCUUACAGAUGAGGACACUGGGGUACUGAGGUUAAGUACCUUGGCCAAGGCAUCUCUGCAUACGGUAUGUGGGGAAGACCAUGUUCCCUCCUCUGUGCGAUGUCCCCAUGUCUCAGGCCUUUGUCAACAAACCCCCCGGCCCAGACAGAGGACCGUGGCAUGGCUAGUGGCCUGGAGAAGCAGCUGAGGUGCUGCUUUAUGGCAUAAGGUGAGCCUCCUUUGUCUUGGAGUCCUCUGGGCAGGGGACACUUGUGCCUGGUGCCCCUGGGAGGAAGGAGAGGAGCACAUGUGGGAAAGAGCAGGAGGCCGAGGCGGGCGGAUCAUGAGGUCGGGAGUUCGAGACCAGCCUGGCCAACAUGGAGAAACUUCUUUCCUACUAAAAAUACAAAAAUUAGCCAGGCGUGGUGGCGCGCGCCCAUAAUCCCAGCACUUUGGGAGGCCGAGGCAGGCGGAUUACGAGGUCGGGAGUUCGAGACCCACCUGGCCAACAUGGCGAAACCCUGUUUCUACUAAAAAUACAAAAAUUAGCUGGGUGUGUGGCCCACGCCUGUAAUCCCAGCACUUUGGGAGGCCGAGGCGGGCGGAUUAUGAGGUUGGGAGUUCGAGACCUGCCUGGCCAACAUGGCAAAACUCUGUUUCUACUAAAAAUGCAAAAAGUAGCUGGGUGUGUGGCCCAUGCCUGUAAUCCCAGCACUUUGGGAGGCUGAGGUGGGCGGAUCAGGAGGUCGGGAGUUUGAGACUCGCCUGGCCAACAUGGCAAAACCCUGUCUCUACUAGAAAUACAAAAAUUAGCCAGGGGUGGUUGUGCGUGCCUGUAAUCCCAGCACUUCGGGAGGCCAGGGCGGGGGGAUCACCUGAGGUCAGGAGUUCGAAACCAGCCUGGUCAAUGUGGUGAAACCCUGUGUCUACUAAAAAAACAAAAA